GCAGCAGGUGGCGCUGUUGCGAAAGCCGCAGGAGGGGAGGCCGCGCCGCCAUUAAACACAAUAGGAGGCAAAGGCAAGGCAAGCAGGAGGUAGAGCAGAAGGAGGAAAGGCGAAGGGAUCUUGGGCUUUGGGGGGCCACCUCCCUCCUGAUCCCCCUCUUCUCCUCCGACCGCCUUCUUCUCUUCCUUCUCUUCCUCCUCCUCGGGGCCUCCGUCGGAUCCUCUUCCGUCCCAGAAGGCAGCCGCAGCCGAACGGGAAAGCCCAAGGCCCCUGCCAUGAUGUUUCCCCAAAGCAGGCACUCGGGUUCCUCUCAUCUGCCUCAGCAGCUGAAGUUCACAACGUCGGAUUCAUGUGACCGGAUCAAAGACGAGUUCCAGCUGCUUCAAGCCCAGUACCACAGGCAGGUUUCCCUUGCUGUCCCCUUCUCCCCAACCUCUACUCCUUCCUUGUUGUUGUUCUAGGUCAGGUAUGAGCAAACCGAGGCCUGGGGGCUGAAUGCGGCCCCUUGGGCUCUUUCCUCAGGCCCUCCUCUCUCUCACGAUUCUAUCUUUCCUUCUCUCUUUCCUUCCUCCUUCCCUCCCUCCCACACUUCCAUCUUUCCUUCCCUCUUUUCCCUUUCUCUCUUCCUUCCUUCCCUUUUGUCUUUCCUUCCUUCUCUCUUUCCUCCCUCCCUUCCAUCCAUCCCACCAUUCCUUUCCACCCUUUCGUCCUUCCUUCCCUCUUUCCUCCCUCCUUCUCUCUCUCCCUCUUUCUCCUUCCCUCCCUCCCUUUCGUCCUUCCUUCCUUCCCCCUUUCUUCCCUCCCUCUCUCACUUUCCGUCCUUCCCUUCCACCCUUUCCCCAUUCCUUCUCUUUUCUCUCUCCUUCCCUCUCUCCCUCUUUCUCCUUCCAUCAUUCCCUUCCACCCUUUCGUCCUUCCCCCUUUUCUCCCUUCUUCCCUUUCUCCUUCUUUCUCCUUCCAUCCUGUUCUUCCACCCUUUCAUCUUUCCUUCCCUCUUUCCUCCUUCCUUCUCUCCCUCUUUCUCCUUCCCUUCCUCCCUUUCGUCCUUCCUUCCUUUCUUCCCUCCCUCUUCCCCUCUCUCGAUUUCCAUCCUUCCCUUCCACCCUUUCCCCAUUCCUUCUCCCUUUUCUCUCUCCCUCCCUCUCUCCCUCUUUCUUGUUCCAUCAUUCCCUUCCACCCUUUCGUCCUUCCCCCUUUCCUCCCUUCUUCCCUCUCUCCCUCUUUCUCCUUCAAUUCUUUUCUUCCACCCUUUCAUCUUUCCUUCCCUUUUCCCCCUUCCCUAUCUCCCUUUCUCCCUCCAUCCUUCCCUUCCCACCUUUCCCCAUUCCUUCCCUCUUUCCUCCCUCCUUCCCUCUCCCUCUUUCUCCUUCCAUCCUUCCCUUCCACACUUUUUUCCUUCCCUCUUUCUUCCCUCCUUUCCUCUCUCUCUCUCUUUCCUUCCAUCUUCCCUUUCAACCUUUCAUCCUUCCCUCUUCCCUCCCUCCUUCCCUCUCUUAGCAGGGAGUGCUAGCAUGGAGCCCCAAAGUUAGAAAGUUUGCCCACGCCUGAUCUAAGUAAUUAUUAUAACUAUUCAUUGUUAUUUAAACCAGUGUUUCCCCACUACUUGCCCAGAUAUCUCGUUAAGCCGCUUAACCA